AUUGUACUGCUGCCUCUUAUAUCGUAGUGAUUACAUACUCUUUGUACGGUUCGCUUGAACAGAAUUUGGGCCUCGAUGUAAAUUUUUUAUUUUAUAAGUGAAUUUUUAAGAAUCUCAAUAGAUGUCGUGAAUGUUAUUUUAUUCUAGAUCUUAAAAUCCAUUUCAAUAAUUUUCUAGUGCGAUACGUGAUUAUCUAGUUUCGUACACGAGUAAGUCACUACCUACUCUCGCUAUGUCUGCUCAAGGGGGCAAUAUGCAAGGGAAGAAAUCUGUUUUUCGUGCGUACGUUUUGUGGAUAGUCGGUGGGAUAUACGGGCUGCAUCAUUUCUACUUGGGUAGAGAUUUCCAAGCGUUUGUUUGGUGGUCCACACUUGGCGGUUUCGGCGGGUGGUUAGCUGACGUGGUGAAUCUGCCGCGCUACGUGCGAGACGCAAACGAAGAACCGGGGCAUAUGCAAGCGCUGGUGAAGAAGAUGCGCCAGUGUAAGAAGCCACCGUUUUCGGUGAAUCGUUUCACUGGCAUGCUUGCUGUUGGCUACACGUGGGGCUGCUUGAUGCAGUCUGCAGUACCCAACGAUGAGGUUUGGGGCAUAAACUUCAAGUUCCUGAACCUUCUCGUACCCCUGGCUGCUACUUUAGGUGUGUGGGCAGUGGGCAAUAUAGGCCGGGAGCAAGGCAGCCUGAAGUGGCCUCUCCUGGCAGCAUACGCUACGUAUCCCAUCCGCUACUACUACUACGACAAGAGCGUGUGGAUUACACUCAUGGUUCUCGCUUCGUCACUCGUCUUUGACUCGUACGCCAAGGAGUGGAGGCGAACACCGCCCAAACGCCGUCAUGUUGUCAAGCGUCUGGCAGUGCUGGCAAUGUGCGCGAGCCUCUACCUGGCACUAUGGGGCAGCUCACUGUACUUCAACGACACCUUCACAGACGCCGAUGGAGUCAGAAUCCCCGUCUUUGAGGCGCUGCAGCAACUCGUCUAUGGCGAAUGGUGGGCGGACGUUCAGCAGUUCCUAGUGGAUCUGUACCAGUUCGCGCAGCACCACGGCUGGUACGAGGUGUGGAAGCAGGUCGUGGAGCUCUGCGACCCUGAGGACGAGCAGAACGCGUACAAGGUGCUAGGAGUUAGCCCGGAUGCCAGCCAGCAAGAGAUCACCCGUCGUUGGCGUCGUUUAUCCCGUGAGAACCACCCGGACAAGGCCAAGUUAGAAGACCGUAGAGCUGCCCAGGAAAAGUUCAUGGAGAUCCAACAAGCAUACGAAAUCCUCUCCGUGGGCAAACACCGUCGCUUCUCGCGUAACAAAAAGGACAACUCCGUACCAGACGGACCCAUACACGCGUGAACUUAGCCUUAAACAACAACAACAACAACUUAGACAAUACACGCCUGAACUCAGUGUAAACGCUUCAAGUUAAUACUGACAUACACGGUAAAGACAUUACUGCACGUGUGAAUGUAGACACCUAUACAUGUGCCAACUUAGACAAUACACCUGUGAACUUAGACACCAAUACUCGCGUGAACACCAAUCAUUGUGUCAGCUUAGACAAUACACGCUUGAACUUGAAACCGACAAACGUGUAGUUAAGAGCCCAGCGAAGGAUGAAUUGCCCAUACAAACGUAAUACUAAUUUGUAAUUCGAGAAUAUCUCCACCGUAUUAUGCGGUUAUUUGGGUUCAAAUUGUAUUUACCUAAACUUUCCUGGAUAAAUAUAUUUUCAAAAUACUUUACUAAAA